UUUUGGCAAUAUAAUUUUUUACUUCAUUUUGUUAUUUCUUACGAAUACACAUUUAAUUAUUCAGUAUGGUGUGGCCUACAGAUUUCGAUGCAAAACUGAGUGAAUACGACGCAAUGGAGUUACCAGGACAACAACUUCCUGCAGCAAAUGCUUAUACCCCUUUGGAUCAUAUAUUGAAUUUGGACAUUCAAUCUCCACCUGGUUGUCAAAGACUUACUGGUAUUUUCGCCACAAUGGGCAAAGCAACUAAUGAUAUAGAAACAAUGGAAAAAAUGUUUGCCGCCGGCAUGAAUGUCGCUGUGUUGAAUUUAACUUACGGUUCCAGAGAGGAACAUAUUGAGACUAUAAAGAUGCUGAGACAGGCGGCGAAAAAUUACAGUGUUCAUAUGGGGAGGAACUAUCCCCUGGCCAUAGCCGCCAGAUUAGCAGGAAGGAAAAUAAGAACCGGCCGUAUAGCAGAAAGUUACGGUGACACGGUAGAAUUGAAGACUGAGGAAGUAGUUAGAAUAACUACAGAUGAAACAUAUCGAGAGAAAUGUUCUACAUAUACAGUGUAUGUGGACUUUAUACGUUUUCCUGACCAAAUCUCCAAAGGAGACUACAUUUUACUCGACAAUGAGAUGAUUAUGUUAAAAGUUGAAAUUAUUUCAACCUCAACUCUAACAUGUAAAAUUGAAAGAGGCGGCCUUUUGGGGUCAUACAAAGACGUGUUUGUACCUAAUGUAGUAUUUGAGAUGCCUAAUUAUUCUGAUAGAGACAAAUUAGAUAUUGAAAUGGCUAUACAGAAUCAGGUUGAUAUAUUGAUUGCAUCGUUUGUACAUUCGUCUUCAGUAGUAACAGAACUCAGAUCAUUGUUAGGAGAGAAGGGCAAGAAAAUAUCAAUAAUUGCUAAUAUUCAAAAUAUUGAAGGUUUUCGGAACUUUGAUGAAAUACUUAAUGUGACUAAUGGCAUAAUGAUAACUAGGCAAGAACUUGGUUCCGAUAUUACACCAAAAAAAUUAGUAAUCGCUCAGAAAAAUAUGAUAGCACGAGCCAAUAUGCGCAAUGUACCUAUAAGUAUAAGUGCACAUCUGUUGAGUAGUAUGAGAUAUAAGAAAAUUCCGCUUCGAGCUGAACUACUGGAUAUAGCCAAUUGUAUCCUAGAUGGCGCUGAUGCCCUAGUACUCUCCGCGGAGACAGCAGUCGGACAGUAUCCAGCAGAGACUGUUGCAUGCUUAGCCAGCUCUUGUAAAGAGGCAGAAGCAUGCCUUUGGACGAAACAAAUUUAUCGUGAUCUUAUUGAUAAGACCGCAUUGCCUUGUGACCAAGCGACAGGUUCUGCAAUAGCUGCAGUUUUAGCGGCACAAAGAACUAUAGCUGCCGCCAUUAUAGUGGUCACUACUACUGGCAGGUCAGCGCAACUAGUUGCCAAGUAUAGACCCAGAUGUCCAAUUAUAGCUGUAACUAGAUACGCGCCUAUUGCACGUCAAUUACACAUGUGGAGAGGAAUCAUGCCACUUAUUUACGAAGAUUCACCUGACACAGAUUGGUCACUAGAUCUUGAGCGGCGCACCAACUUUUGCACCGAAUGGGCCAUAGAGCAAGGCUUUAUCAGGGUCGGAGAUCCCAUCGUAAUAGUAUCUGGAUGGAAGCAAGGAUCAGGUUAUACCAACACAAUGCGAAUUAUAUACGUAGCGGCAGACACCACUGUAGAAUGA